UAGGGAGGAGAAAGGGAGGGAGCACAGGGACAGACGGAGAGAAGCGGAGAGAGAAAGCCUGAAGAAAGGCAGCAGAGGAGACAGAAGAAAGGAGGCGUUCGGCUGACACACAAUCAAAACCGCACGAGAAAAAUGCAGAAUUUCACAGGCACCUGGAAAAUGAAAAGCAGCGAGAACUUCGAUGAGCUUCUCAAAGCUUUGGGUGUAAAUGCCAUGCUGAGGAAGGUAGCCGUGGCAGCCGCAUCCAAGCCCCAUGUGGAGAUAAGACAGAACGGAGAGCACUUCUACAUCAAGACUUCAACCACAGUGCGCACCACGGAGAUCAACUUCUGUAUUGGCGAGGAGUUUAAUGAGGAGACAGUGGAUGGCAGAAAGUGUAAGAGUUUGGCCACUUGGGAAACGGAAAACAAGAUUUACUGCAAACAGACUCUUCUGAGCGGGAACGGCCCGAAGACCUUCUGGAGCCGAGAACUCAAAGGGGAUGAACUCAUAUUGAUCUUUGGAGCCGAUGAUGUGAUCUGCACACGGAUCUACGUACGUGCAUAGGAGAGGACCACGAUUGUCCAAAUUCAAAGUUCACAAAGCAAAUAGUCUGUCAGUGUGAGAAAUUGCCAGUAAUCUGUUUUCAAUAGCAUGUUACGUUUUUGUGCAAGUCUCUAUCUUAGCAGGAUAUUAGACAUUAGUUCUACCCCCAUUUUUGUAUAUAUUUUUUGUUUUUAGCAAAGUGAACGUUCAGUAUGAUUUCUUUUAUACAAAAAAGAGCAGCAGCAGUAGGCCACACAGUAAAUACUACAGGGAAAACGUAAUGAAGAACUUGCUAGUGUCAAAACUUUCCCUCAAUAAAUUUUUUAAAACAAUA